AUGCCAACCUGGUUAUUCCGUGGGGUUGGCGUCUUUGUGGGCGGGGCUGGCAGUGCCCUCCGCCGCGGUGCUGUGCAUCGGCAGCCGCGGGGCGCGAUGUCUCUGGGCCGGGCGGUGUGGCAGGCGCUGGCUCUGCCCCUCAGGGCCCCCGCCAGCGCCUCGCUCCUCGGGAGGCACGCAACCUGUGCUCAGCCCACAAUGUCAUCCAGUGGUGUCCCUGGAUUACCCGGGUCCAAUAUGAUCUACUAUCUGUUCGUAGGUGUGACUGUUAGUGGCGGUGGAUAUUAUGCUUACCGAACAUUCACUUCAGACCGAGCCAGGUAUACAGAUCGGAUGGCCAGUUUGCAAGAGAGAACCAAAGCGGAUGAGCUUCCUCCAGGUGAAGAUGCAGACCCCGCAGAACCCGGUGAAGAAAGCUCAGCGGCCAGUGACGUAGAUGCAGUAGAGUCCGCAAAAGUGGCCUCUGGAGAAAUUCCGGGAGCUACAGAGGACCGCACGGAGGUGGCCGCAAUAAUCCAAGCUGAUUCCGAGGAUCCGGGAGCUAUCACGGAGGAAGCUGGCGAUGCUGAAAGAAGUCCGGAGCGUGGCAAUGCCGAUGCGGUUCAAGUGGCAGCAGUCAAUGUGGAAACUGGUCCAGGGGGCACAGAGUCAGGGGCGGGAGAGGUUACUAGUCCGGAGGGCACAGAGGCAAGUGAAGGGGAGGUUACAGGAAUCGGUAUCGAAGCUAGUCCAGAGGGCACAGAGGGCACAGAGGGCACAGAGGUUACAGGGAUCAGUCCUGAAGCAAGCCCACUGGGCACAGACCCAAGUGCGGAGGAGGCUAGCCAUGAAAGGCCUGCAGUUCCCCAGCAGAAUGACUGCCCUGCGGGAGAUCCCCAAUUGCAGGAGGAGAAGAAAUCUCCAGUCGAAAGUGAACCCCCGGCAGGGGAUGAAUUGCAGGAGGUGCCUAGUGACAUACCCGAUGCUGCCUCUGCCCAAGGUUAA